AUGGUUGUUUUUGAUCUCACUUCUCGUCUUUCAUUUUAUAUAUGCGCUAUCUUCGGCGCCUUUGCGAUAUCGGCCCAUGCGAAGUUAGCAUAUCAUGGAAAGGGAUUCGUACCGGAUUAUGUCCUUCGCGGGACGGCGCGGUAUGUACCGAUUGCCUGUGAGAUGAGGUAUUCGGUAUUAUUGAAUGGAACGAGUCCCGGUCCGACAUUGCGGUUUAGAGAAGGGAGGACGACUUGGAUUAGAGUCUAUAAUGAUAUGCUAGACGCUGAGCUGACUGUGCACUGGCACGGUCUCACACAACGUACCGCCCCAUUCUCAGACGGCGCACCCCUUGUAAGUCAAUGGCCUAUCCCACCAGGCCAUUUCUUCGACUACGAGAUUCGUCCGGAUAUUGGUGAUGCUGGAACAUACUUCUACCAUUCGCACGUGGGGUUCCAAGCGGUUACAGCCGUUGGCGCACUCAUAGUCGAAGACGCCCGUCCGGCCCCAUAUCAAUACCACGCGGACCGAAUCUUUCAAUUCGGAGACUACUUCAAUAAAACCGAUAAUGUAAUCACCGACGGACUUCUUUCGAAAACCACCGGAAAGUUCAUCUGGAGCGGCGAAACGAAUGCUCUACUUCUUAAUGGAAAGUCGGGUACCAAAGCCGCGAGGGAAACUAGAGAGUGGUCUACAUGCGCCCCGGAAAUCAUCAGAGUAAAGCCAGGACGAACAUACCGUUUCAGAUUCAUCGGUGCAACUGCUUUAUCAUUCGUGACAAUGGGUAUAGAAUCUCACCCAGAGAUGACAAUAAUCGAGGCGGACGGUAGAUACACUCAGCCUUAUACCACUUCUCACAUCCAAAUCGCCUCAGGACAGCGUUUCAGCACUCUUUUCAAAGCCAAACCUCUUCACGAAGUCAUCAACUCUGGGAAAACUCAUUACUGGAUCCAAUUCGAAAACCGAGAACGUCCUGGCAAUGUAGUUACCGGUUACGCUCUUUUAGUCUAUGACAUCCCCCUUCGUCACGGACAUACCAGACCCUUUAAACUCCCCUAUACCCUUCCUUACAAAAAACCUCUAUCCCUUCCUCAAAACGUCACAGACUGGUUGGAAUAUGCUCUUCAACCCGUCUACUCCCACUAUACCGAACAACUCCCGCCAACCCACAAAGUCACCCGCACAAUCCACAUCACCGCCUACCAAGUAAAAACCCACACGGUAGAAUGGGCACAAAACGGUCUAAUCUGGCAAGAACACAAAGUGAAAACCCCGUACCUAGUAGACAUCUACAACCGCGGCGAAAAGACAAUUCCAAACUUCGACAAUGCCAUCAGACGUAACACAUACGACCCAGAAACCAUGAUAUUCCCCGCCAGAAUCGGCGAGGUCAUCGAUAUCGUCUGGCAUAAUAAUAACGGUCCAAGCGGUACCUGGGAUUUCCACCCUUUCCACGCCCACGGUGGUCAUUUCUGGGAUCUUGGGUCUGGGAAUGGAACUUAUGAUGCUAGAAGGAAUGAUGAAUAUAUGAUGAAGAAUAAUUAUUUCCCUGUACUGAGGGAUACUACUAUGGUUCAUAGAUAUGCGAAAGAUGGAGUGCCCUAUACUUCUGCUGGGUGGAGGGCGUGGAGGGUACACGUGAAGUAUCCUGGUGUGUGGAUGAUGCACUGUCAUAUUUUACAACAUAUGGUUAUGGGGAUGCAAACGGUUUGGAUGUUCGGGAGGCCUACGGAGAUUAAAGCUGAGGUUGAUAGGCCGUAUGUUAAGGGGUAUUUGAAGUAUGGAGGAUCGGCGUAUGGGAAUUCGACGUAUGAUCCGUUGGUUAAUGAAUGGUUUGAUUAA